GAUGCGACAACCCUGUACUAAGAAUGGCUAUGGCUAAAGCUGGUCCAGUCAUAACUGACAACGGGAAUUUCAUAAUUGAUGCAAAUUUCGGAUUGAUCCAUGAUCCCGAUAAUUUAAUGAGAAAGAUUAAGAUGUUGACAGGAGUCGUCGAGGUUGGACUAUUUGUGCGCUUAGCACAGAUCGCUUACUUUGGAAACGAAAACGGAUCCGUGACUGAGAAAAAGAGUGUCUUAUAUGAGACGGAAUAA